AUUCGUUCCUUCUUGACUUUCCACACGAUUUAAUUUUCAUUUAACCUUCUCCAUUAUAUUAUCAGGAGCCGUGUCUCUUUCUUACUUCCUUUGAUCCCUAAAGGUUCCAGUGGUACGUGGUUGAGGUUCAAAUUACUUUUAGAGAGAGAGAGAACGGGCAGGAUUUUAUUGCCCUCUGGAUUCUUUGGAAUCGCAUCAUUUUCUUGUGCUUUAUUUCGCCAAGUAUUGAUUAAUCUUGGUGAGAAUGACGGUGGGAGGAGGGGAUAAUCAAACCGGGAGCCAAGGUCGCAGCCGGGAGUCGGAAUUCGAACAACGCGUCGUUCUGGACACGAGGCCGUGUUAUGUUAGAUACUCGCUGCGAGGGCUUGGCGUAUUUUCAGGGACACUAUGCCUUGUUCUUGGUGUUUUGAACCUGAUAUUUCAUUGGUCUUUUGUCUGCAUCUUGUUCAGCAUUUUUCAAGGAAUACUUGGGUUCUUCGUCGCCACGACGGAGGCGGCGGGAGGCAGUGUGAGAAUUUGCCAUUGCAUAUUUCUCAAUCGCUAUCCAAAAUGUUCGGGUUGGGUGGAACGACAGCCUCCUUGGGUCAAACCCAUGUGCUACAUGUUGAUUCCGCUCCCCGGGAUGAUAUUUUGUACGACUUGGUACACUUUUUUCGGUGGAGGAUUCGUCCUUUUUACCGGAGUUGCAUACAUCGUCAGUUUGUGGAGACAGGAUCCACGAACAAUAAACUCUGAUUCGACCCCUGCCCCCGGAAACAACUCCAACAUUUCAUCACCAAUGGGCAACAACAACAACAACCACAACAGCAACACAAUGUUUCCAAAACACACCAAUAACACCAACGCCUACGCCAACAAUGCCACGACCUCGUCGUCCCCCUCAUCCUCACAACCAAAUCGACCAACAAUUAUCGACAUUCGCCAAAACAACAACGCCACAACGACUAAAAGUUCGUCCUCCACCGGCAAAGUUUCGCCUCUCAAUCCUCUCGCAAGUUUGUCCAACUACGAUUCAAACUCGAAAGGAAAUCAUCACAGUUCUGGUUACGCUUACGACGGCGGCGAAAGCGGUGAAAGCGGUGAUCGGUAUGAGAACAUUUCGGUGAUAAGUGGUCAAACGAAGAACACGCGGACUCCGACCACCGCGAUGGAGAUGGAUUGGCGUGGUGACGCCAAGAAUACGAAUUCCUUCUACACCAAUGUCGCCUUGAACGAUGAUGAUGACUUCGGUAGUCGUGGUGCCGGAGCCUUUCCGGACAAUAAUCCCUUCGUAGUGCAGACUAAUCCGGGGAGAAAUGUGCAAAAAGUGACGAGGCCGAACAAGCCGGGCUACGAUGAUGACAACGAGGCAAACUGUUAAGAAAAUGUAUAAUAAUAUACACACAAAUAUAUGUAUAGCCAGUCCAGUCGCCUAAUUUACACAUCCCGCCUAGUCGAAAAAGCAUGUAAAUAUUUGUAUUCGAGUCAAAGUGGAUGUAUAAUUCAGAACUUUUGUAUCGUUAAUAAACACCCCUUGGGACAUAAUUACAUUAA